AUGGUUUCGGGCGGUGGUGGUGGAGCUGAAUGGCCAGGAUCCAUUGGUGGAAAUGCAGGUGGUCUCAUUGGUGGAAUUGGCAAAACAAACUGUUCUUAUCAUUCAUGGGAUUGCUCGACUGUGAAGUCCGGAGGUGGAACUCAGACCUCUGGUGGAGCUGCAUCGCCAUCUGUGCAUUCUGAUGAUGAAACACAACCAUCUGGUGGAUCUUCACCAACCGUUCGAUGGAUAACUGGUUUUCCUGGAUUGUUUGGUAUGGCAAAUAUUGAUUAUGAAUCUGCAGAUUUUGGUGGGGUGGGCGGAAAUGGAUACUACAGCGGUGCAUCUGUGAAUUAUACAGGCGCUGGUGGUGGUGGAAGUUCGUUUAUCUCAGGCUAUGAAGGAUGUACUGCACUAAAUAGUUCUUUAGAUGAAACUCCAAGCCAAUCCAACUCGUCGAUCCAUCAUACUGAGAUUUUCUUUACAAGUCCAAUAAUGAUUGAAGGAAAUAAAACAAUGCCUUUAUAUUUUAGUCCUUCUUCACGAGGAAUUGGUAAUUCCUAUAGAGGAGCCAUUAGAAUCACAGAUCUUUCAUUUAAAUUCUGCAGUGAUAAUCUUGAACUUUUAUAUUUUCAUGCGAAACAUAUUUUCAUAUGUUUAUUUGUUUUCAACUCCUAG